AUGAAAUAUAUUGGUACCUGCACGCUUGAGGUUGACAGUCCCCAUAUUCCGCAGAAUAUAGAACUUGUAGGGGAUUCUUCAUUUUUGAUUAAUCUAGAGGAUGUGAGGUUCUAUUCAAGUUAUGAUGAUUGUGAUAAGAACAGCUCUGAUGAUGGUCUCAGACCAGCUUUAGAAAGUUUUGUUGCUCAAAAGAACAUGAAGCUGACUGAGCUGGUGGAUUUUGCACAAGUACCGUUUUGGUUCUUUGAUAUGUCAUCCCCAAGAUCGGUCGAAUAUCGAUGUUUUACAGAAAAUGAAAAUACCGAGGAAUUCUUUAGAAAAUUAGUGAAUAUUAGUUUCUCUUCAAAUACAAUUCUUACUUUAUUGUUUGACGCAAAACACCCAACCGAUAUUUUCGAAGACACAAACAAUGGCGAUUACAGCCUGGCCAUUUAUCCCAAGCUCAUACACAUAAAAGAUGAUCAGAGUGGCUGUUUAAGUAAGAAUGUGGCAAUUUGUGCCAGCUUGUUAAACUUCAAGACUCCUAUAGCACUGAGGUUGAAUCGGGUGAGAGCACUUGCUGAAAGUGGACAGGUCACCUUGCCAAGUAAUCGAUCAGCAAGAAGUGUGUUUGUUGAACUGGAUACAGUAUCAAAGAAAAGAGACAAGUUCUUUGACAAUUAUCUCAAGAAGAGAUCCGUUUCAAGACAGCAAUCUGUGUCACGUGAAGAUUCAGUUGAUCCUGAAAAUGCUUCUGUGCGUAUGAACACAGAGACUAACUUUCAUGAGCAAUUCUUUGAUCUCCUUGAUCGAUGCAUUCUCAGUGAGUUUCGUAUGAGAGGUGUUUCGAAGAGUCUUUCGAAAAGUGAGCUUGAUGAAUUAUAUGCUUUGAUUUCGCGUUCUGCAAAGUUUAUAUUUCGUACCGAACUUAAGAAAAAGAUCAUUCCUUCACUUGAUGCAAUAGGAGAUGUGGUAACUUCGAUGGUGAGCAUUUUAUCACAAGGCGAACGAAGGAAUUUUGGCAAAGUUAGUGAAUCUUUUUCGGAGAAGCGUUGA